GAGGUUGGCUGUAGGAUAGAUUCAGGAGGAAGGAGGGGGUAAAGAUAACAAUGUGCUGAGCCAGUGGCUUUUCCACAGAGCAGCUGGCUGGCAUCAGGACAGGACAGGCAGCUCAGAGAGAGGACACCUCGAAGACGUCUCUCCUCCGCUCGCUGUGGGACACUGAGGUUGACUUCCAGGAGGUGUUCAUGGGAUGCACUAUCUAUGCAGCCAGCCCUAAGGCCCUGCCCGCCGACGAGGCCCCAGGACAGGACAGAUACUACCAGCUCCCCCACUAUCGCCAGCCUCAUGGUAACUGCAGUCAGAGGAUAGCAGCCAGCAGAGCCAGGGCCAGGAGCAUGACUGAGCAGCAGGAGCAGAGUGAAGAAACAGGCCUGCUCUCAACUCAGGACCUGGAACCCUCCAAGGACGAUGACACGCACGGACACUUCAGGUUCCAUUUGAUUGAAGAUCUUUCCUAUGAAGACGUAAAGAAAUGUUAUAGAGGCUCGUGUGUGUCUUGCAGCAGCCUGCUCCAGGCCUUGGAUGUGCGCGAGUGUGUGUGUGUGUACGGGGCCAACGUGUUGAGCCUGGUGCAGAGCUCGCGUCCUUUGAGGGAGAGGGUGGUGUCUGCGGCAAGAGGAGCUGGAGUGGCCGGUGGUGGCGGUGGAGCUGGCACUGUGCAGGCAGGCCGGUCCACCAAGGAGCUGCUCAUGACUCUGCCCUGUCCCUCUGCACAGACUGUCAGCAAGUACAACUCGCAGUACCACAAACUGUUCCAGUGUGUGCCCAAGGAUGAGAUACUCAUGAAAGUGUACUCGUGCGCUCUUCUCAGAGAUAUUCUUCUCCAAGGCCGACUCUACAUUUCCAGAAACUGGCUGUGUUUUUAUGCCAACCUCUUCGGCAAAGACAUCAAGGUAGCCAUCCCUGUUGCUUCUGUGAGGCUGGUAAAGAAGCACAAAACAGCAGGCCUCGUGCCCAAUGGCUUGGCUAUCACCACAGACACAGGCCAGAAGUAUGUAUUUGUAUCCUUGCUCUCAAGAGACAGUGUAUAUGACGUCCUUCGCAGGAUCUGCACACAUUUACAGGUCAAUGGAAAGAGUCUGAGCUUAAAGCAGUUCCUGCAGGAGCCGACCUUAUUAUUGGACGAGUUCCCAACGACGGACGAAUUCCCUGUCGUUGAUGAAUUCCCAUCAGUGUUAAAGUGGAGAAGGAAACCUUCAGUGGUGUCCGUGUCCUCCUCCCUACCUGACCUGCUGGGAAACUCCAGCAGCAGCCUGAACGUCACAGACUCACCCUUCAAAUCAGAGCAGCUGCUGGAAGAGCGAGCUCUGCAGACAGACAGAGGUCUUCUAUCAGAGCCAGUAGUGGAGCUGGGACAGAUGGAGUACCAGCUGCUCAAGUUCUUCACCCUGCUUAUAAUUGUUCUCAUCCUGUCGUCCUGCUACUUGGCCUUCCGUGUGUGCUGUCUGGAACAACAGCUCUCUUUCCUAAAUAAUCCAAAUCUACCCCUGAGAGAGAGGUAACUACUAGCGCCUGAUGUGACCCAUUAGAUCGGCUGCUCUUUGCUCUUCUCGUGUUUGGAGUUGUGAAUGAUCUGCAGGAAAACCUUCAAGCCCUGAACAGACUGACUCUACAACAGCCACUACACGUGAAGUCGCUGUCCGCCGCCAGGCACCUGAGGAACCUUCCUGCUGCAGGAAUGAGUCCUUAAUCAGUGAUCACUUCCAGACUAUGCAAAAAGACUUGUGUAUUUAUUUUCAAAUAUAAAGUAGAUUUUACUUUAGAUGAUGAUUGUCUACCAUGGCCUGCCCCAGACAUUUCAUGACACUGCAAUGUAAAGAGAUGUUGAGCAGAGGUGAUCCUGCUGUCUAUAGCACUAAUGAAGUGUUGGAGAGCUGAGGUUGGAAAGGUAAGAAAUAAUGCAACACAUUGAUUACUUGAAAGUACUAUGAGCAAAGAUAUUUCAGGUGUGUUGUUAUUAUGAUGAUUCAUCACGUUUAUGUGACUAAACCAAAUGUUAUUUUCCUGGUGAGCUCUUGCCUUAGCCCGCAAUAGGAAACUAGCUGCAAAUGAUGCACUUUUGAAAAAAAUGUCCACAUUAUUCAAAUUUAUGUAACUUGAUAUGCAUUUUGAUCUAUUUUUUUUCCCUUAUUCAUAGGUACUUAGUUGUCAUUUUUAAGUAUUUAUAGAAGAGAGUUCAGACUCUUGAGUGAUUGAAGUUACCUGUCAUUUAACUGUAAUAAACUGGAUUAUAGUCACCACUGGUUGGUGUUAACUGUAAUGUGAAUAAGAUAGUGACAUGGUAUAUCAUUUUAGUUGUUAGGUGAGUUAAUCUGCCCAGGGUGUUAGUCCUUUUAUACAUUUAAAAAAAAAAAGGUCACCAAAGACUCAAAAAUGAUGCAGUGAGUAUCGACUAUAAGUGUUUCUGCUCUAAUAUCUUUGUCUGAAGAUAUAGUUUGAAAAACAUAGGCGAAAUAGAGUUUUUAGAGAAGUUUGUGAAAUCUUUCUGAAUUAAAUUGGCAACAGAA